CAAACUUGAAAAAAAAGAAACUAACAAAUAACUUAUCUCCAACACUGGACUUCAAGAGCGAGAGAGAGAAAACAGAGAGAGACAACAGACUCUUUUAAAAAAAUAUAAUAUUACUAAAACGAGCCGUGAUUUUUGAGCCAUGGCGGAAAGCAUGAUGAGGAAAGUCCAGCCCUUCACUAUAGGCACCAAGCUCUCUGUGCCUGCAGGGCCCAAAUGCACCCAUUUUACAGAGAGCUACCUGCCCAACCAGGACCUGCAGCACCGCCAGCCGCAGCACAACCUGAGCGACCAGGUGUCGCUUUAUCUGGGCGGGGCACGCUUAUCACCUGUGGCCGUGCAGGUGAGCCGUCUGGAGCGGCAGCAGGUGGAGACGGCGGAGGAGGACCACCAGAACCGGAACGCCGCGUCCCUCUCCUCCUCCUCCAGAGCCAUCCGGAAGAUCACCAUCUCCGGGACCGCGGAGCCCCCUGGGGACCCAAAGCCCCCUCUGGGGAUACAGCCCAAGAGCUGCGGGACCCCCAAAUCUGAAAAUAUCAACAACAACAAUAACAUCCCCUCCAAACCCUUUCCCAGGAUCAUAGGGGUGAGCUGUGAGAACAAGCCCAGUUCUCAUUUUAAGGUUUUGCUCAGGAAAGAUGGCCGUGUGGGGAAACAGGGCCUCCAGGAGGAAGGGUCAGGUGGACCCGGCACCAGGACCAGUCCAGCCUUUCAGACUCCUGUACCAAGAGCCCUCUCACCCAAUCAGGAGCUGCCUAAGGGUGAAGGCCCGCCCUGUGGACAUCCAGAGGCCCCACCCACAAACGACUGCUGUUUCACUCAGCGCAAUGCCCUGUUCAACAGAGAGCUCCUGCAGGCUGAGGAGUGGAUGAAGGGGAAGCUGCAGGAGUUGAGGGACACGCAGUGGCGCCCUCUGCAGGACGGGCUGUCUCACACCCUGCAGAGGGACCUCAGAGAUUUUGAGAACACCCUGAUUCAGCUCAACCAGAUGGGAGAGCAGCUGAUCUGCAAGCCCAACCCUACUGCUGACCAGGUGAGAAAGCAGCUGGGCCAGCUCAAGGACCAAUGGCAAGCUCUGAAGCAGGCGGCAGCCAGCCAAUCAAAGGCGGUGGGCGGAGCCAGGAACCUUCAGGAGUUCAACAGGAAGGUGGACAGACUGGAGGCAUGGAUCAAAGAAAAGCAGGAAGAGGAACAGUGGCUGGCUAAAUUCCAGGGGGAAAACAUCGACAGGAUGCAGCUGACGAGAAGAAUCCUGGAUCUGAAAGAGGAUGAACAGCUCUAUCGCUCUCUUUAUGAGGAGAUCAACCACCUGGCACUAAAGCUGGAGAAACAGGGGAAGACAGAGGGGAAGAACAUUUCUACCCGGAGAAAACAUAUCAACAAAAUGUGGCUGAAGGUCCAGUCCCUCCUGAAGGACUACCACGAAAACCUUCAGCUGGCUCUGGAGGUGUCCUCUUUUUACCAGCAAGCGGAUAAUAUAAUCUCUGCCAUCAGUAACAAGAGGAAAAGCGUUUGUGUGCGGAAUGAACAAGAGAACAGUGGAGACAGAGAGAUUCGGGACAUAGGGAGCCAAGUGAUGAUGCUGGAGGUCACAGUAUCUCAGCUGUCCAAGCUCCACCCCGCCCUGGCCGAGAGGGUGUUUCAGAAGCAGGGGGAGGUGAAGGAAGGAUGGGCCCUGCUCAAGAAGGCUGUCAGGAAUGAGAAGUCCGGCCUCCCUGUCACCAGCUCCGAUUGCUUCAGGGAGGACCAUGACCCCCUGACCCCUGCCAAGGAACAGCAGCGCAGCAUGGGAGCUGAGACGCAAAGAAUCAUGGGAAAAGAGAUCAAAGAGGAGCAAAACCGGCUAAAAGGACAUGCGAGCAUGGGAAACCCUGGGAGAAAUAGGAAGUUGGCCAACAGCCAGGAUGAACAGCUGCUGCUUAAGAGCCACGCCCCCUCAGCCACAGGAAGUGGUAAUGCUCAUGCAGAUGAUGUCACUGGCAGAAAUCGGCCUGGGAUGGAAAGGAAACAAAUAAGCCAAUCCAAGCCCAGCAUUCAGAAAGGUCACCCACAGCCCCGCCCACAGCUCCACACGCAGCUGCAGAAGUUUACCGUGUCAGCAGACAAGACCCUCUCAUGGCUGAAGGACAAUGUUGCCAUGGCGACCCAGGUGCGCUGCACUGCGACUCUGGAUGGGUUUGAGUUGGCAAAGCGGCAGCAGGCGGCCCUGGAGCAGGAGAUCCAGUCCAACGCCACCAGGAUACAGGUGGUGAAAAAGGAGGGGCGGAGCCUGGUGCGGGCGGGACACCCAGGGAGCGCAAAGAUCGAGGAGUUCCUGGGUCAGCUGGAGGGCCUGUGGGAGGAGCUGAAGAGGAGGCACAGGAGGAACCUGCUGCUGCUGCAGGAGACAGAGAGACUGAGUCUGGAGGCCGCGCGCGUGCUGGCGCAGCUGGACGCGCUGGAGCGCUGGCUGCAGACGGUGGAGGCGUCGCUGCAGCGGCGCAGGAGCGCCCGGGACGCCGAGGCGCUGACGGCCGCCGUGACCGCCGCCGAGCGGGAGAGCAGCCUGCUGGAGAGGGAGGUGUCCGAGCGCGGCGUUCUCCUGCGCCUCCUGCGCCAGGAGGUGGACCGGCUGGGCCGCUGCGCGCACGUACACACCCAGCAGCUCCCGCUGCGCCUGGAGCAGGUGGAGGAGAAGUACCGCAGGGUGCAGAGCACUCUCACCCAGCAAAGCUCCGAGCUGCAGGACACACGCAUGCUAACGGAGUUCCUGGAACGCGUGGAGCUUGAGGAGAGCCAGGAACAGCAGGGGAGUCGCUUUGGAGACCUGGCACAGACUCUUCACAGUGAGACGGGUUCCAAGGCCUCCUUGUUGGGUCUGCGGGCGGAUGGGGGCGGGGCCAGGGAGCCCCUGAUGGAGAGCAUGGGAGACCCUGUGGAGGAGCUGCGGGAGGCAGUGGAGAUGCUGAAUGACACAGUGAGGGAGAGAGGUCGCUCCCUGUGCCAGGAGCAGGACCUCCACGAGCUGCUCAGCCAGCACACGUCUCUGACAGCGAGGAUCACGCAGCGGCUGUGCCGCGCGGCGCAGCUCAGCGCGGAUGUUUUGGCGGCGGAGUCAGACAUGGCGGUGCGCUGCGAGCCGGAGCGAUGCGGUCUGGAGGCCUUACAGGAGCAGCAGGAGGAGCUGGAGACAGACCUGGCGCUGAUGGAGGAGGAGGUGGAGGAGAUGGUGACGCUGCAUGCCCGGCUGCGGGAGCAGUACCCGGAGAGGGUGCAGGGGCUGGGCGCCGAGCUCCGGGCAACCCUGCAGUCCUGGGACGAGCUGCGCAGACGCGCGGCACAGAACCACGCCAGUCUGCGGCAGUUCCAGCAGCUCCGCCACUUCUUCAGGAAUUACCUGGCAAUGAUCUCGUGGACAGAGGACACCCGGGCUCGCAUCUUCUCUGAAAACGCAGUGCAUGAUGGGACGGGUGGUGAGCAGCCGGAGGCCUCUGAGAUGGACGUGAAGAUUGAGCAGAAGUUCAGAGACUUUGACGACCUCGCGGCUGCAGGACAGACCCUGAUGGACUCAGGGCAUCACCUGUCUGACUUGAUAAAAGAGAGAAUGGAGGAGCUGAGAAGCAUGCUGGGAUGGAUUUUAGUGCGCUGGAGGUCUCAGAAACACCAGAAGAAGAACGGCAGGAAGGGGAAAGCGGAGCCCAAAGGAGACGCCAUUUACUCAGAGGCUACAGUCAGCCCUGCUCUACAGCCGGAUCUCCAGGGCCUGACAGGAACACCAGCCAAUCAACCGGCAGUAAGUCCCAGUUGCCAUGACAAAACGCUGCAAACGGAGGACGGGUAUGAGGUGAUGAGCAGUGUGGGGCUGCGAGGCGGAGCCUUGGACAAGCCCACCCCACUGACCUCGCCCCUCCUACUCACACAGGAGCCCAGCACCCCCUCACUGGGGGGCACCGUCAACCUAAUCCUCAGUUUCGGUAAAACGGGCGACAUCCUGCAGGCAGAGACACCGUUUGCAGUAAAGGGGGCAACGGAGCCUGUGCACAGGCCAGUGGAGUCUCACUCCUCUGCCUGUAAAGACUUUUGGAGACGUUGCCAGGGUCUUUUGGAAAAUACGUUCGGUAGUUUAAAGCGAAAGAGAAAGAUUUUUCGGCAGAGCAUGGAAGAGGUAAGUACCUAUUUGCAUGUUCAGGACAGCAAAGUGGCACCCCCUGCUGGUGGGAAUGUUACCCUGCCACGCUCUCCCUGCCAGAUCCAAGUGCCCGCCUCUUCAUCAUCCUCCUCCUCCUCCUGCUCACAACCGUGGGCCGGCCAUGCCCCAGGCCACGCCCCCGGCCACACCCCGCCCGGGAGCGGCGGCAGCUCCGUCUUCAGCAGCCUGAAGCUCCGGAGCAAGAAGAGGAAGAGGAAGAGGGACGUGCGGCGUCACACCAUCCAGAGGAUCAUGGAAAUGGAGCAGCCAGAGGAGGAAGUGGCCUGCAGCACCCACACCUGGCCCCUGCAGGACAGGAAGAGGAAGGAGGCGCCCGACGCCGAGCGCACGGGCUACCUGAGGAACCCUCUGGCUAGGGACAUCGAUGCCGAAUGUACCGGCCAGUCAGAUCUCACUGCGUCACAAUCAGCCUGCAGCUCAGGGGCAGGCCCUGCUGGACUGAGCAGGAACUGCAGGUACCUCUCGCUGGGUUCAGUUCUGACUUUUGACCUGCAGAAGGAUGUAGCCCUCAUCCCCAGCAUCCCCGACAUAAUCACCAUUGGCCCAGCCGAACUGAACGGGCGUGCUGCAAGCGCCCACCCUGAGAGAACCGCCCCCUUCAGCACCUUCAAACUGACGCGCACGCACACUGCGAGGCCCCGCCCACAGACUCAGGAGGAGCUGAGCCUUCAGAAGGACAGCAGGAGCUCACAGGACACCUCGGCUACCAUUCAGAGCAUGGGCACACUGACUGCUGACCUAUCAGAGCAGAGAAAGACCAUAUCAAGCAAUCACCGAUCAGAGCAGAGACAGACCACAUCAAGCGAUGACCUAUCAGAACAGAGACAGACCACAUCAAGCAAUUACCCAUCAAAGCAGGAACAGACCACAUCCAGCAAUGACAUACCAGAGCAGAGACAGACCAUAUCAAGCAAAUACCUAUCAGAGCAAAGACAGACCACAUACAGCGAUGGCCUGCUGGAUCUGCAGCUGAGCGCUCUCUCAGGGAUCAGCAGCCUGCAUGAAGAGGUGGCUGAGGAGUGGGACAAACUGGCCGCUGUGCUGGAGGUCCAGAGGCGGGACCCUAAAUCCAGUGCCCCGUCAGCGGCCCACGUGUACCCCAGCGACCGCAACAUCCCCACCCCGCUCACGGCCCCUCCCCACGCCCCCCACCCCCACAGCCCAGAGCCUCCUCCCAGUACUCCUCCUAGGAGGACGGGCGGGACGGGGAUGUCGCUGGAGAAGCUAGCCGGUAGUGGGAAUGCUGGCGCAGUUGCGGCAGACGCUGUCCCUCCUGACCACCAGCAGUUUGAGGAGGAAGAGGAGGAGCUGGAAGGCAUCUGGAGCCAAACCGCCAGCUUCCGCCAAAGCAUCUGUUCCGACAUCAUGUACCAGCUGGCAUGCACCCCCCCUGGCCACGCCCAGGAGCCCUGCCCACGGGACCCAGCGCCGCUCCACAGGAAGCUGAUCACCGCCUCUGCGCCCAGCCUCCUGGUGGCAGAGCUCCGUCUGCCCGUCGGGGACCACGCCCGAGCCUCGAACCCCAGCCCGAGGCCGAACCGCUCCGCCAAACCCGACAGGAAGUCCUGGGCUGCCUUUCCGUCCCGAGCCCCGGCCUGCGGGCAGAUCGCCCUGGUGAACGAGACGGCCGCGGACUCUGUGACACUGCCAGACAUCCAGGACCAGGAGAAGUAUAUCUAUCAGUAUAGAGAGGAGGAAGAGGAGGAGGAGGAGGAAGGGGUGGAGGCGGAGCUGGGGGCGGACACAGGUUGUCCGAAGGUGCAGUCCAUGAGCCUGCUGUCCGUCCACAUGGGGGGGCCCAGACGCGGCCGAAAGAGAGGAGCAGGGACAGAGCCCCACUGCGGGGGGGCACCCCAGAAGCACGGGGCUGGAGUUCCAGUCCAUGGAGGGGACUCUGGAGAGGAAACACAGACUACAGCCGGGAGGGAAAAAGGCACCCUGCCGUACCUGGAGCACCUCCCAUGCCGUCCUGUACAGGCAGACUCUGUGCUUCUACCAGGACAGGAAGGACACUCUGAGGAGCUCUGAGACUGGGCUGCCACUAACCAUCAUCGGAGCAGAAUGUUCUCCAGCUCUGGAGUACACCAAGAAGAGCAACUGCUUCAGUCUGCGGUUACGUGAUGGUUCAGAG